GCUUGCGGUCGCACUGCUUGCUAGUGUUGUUUUAUUUUGUUUUCGUUUUGCAUUAAGAGUUUAAGGUUUUUAAUUUAAGUAGCAACAAAUGCAACCAUUUAUUGUUAUACGCAACUACCGGGAAGAUGACGAACUCAAAUGCCAGGAGCUGGUGCGCGAUUACAUUAUGUCAUUCUCCUCAAAGUCUUUCUUUGCGUUCUGCUUUCGUGAGAUAACACUGCAAUUUAUAGUCAUCACUUGGGCCAUAUUCUUUAUAUUUCUGGGUGUGCCGCUGCUCUUCUGCGUGCUCACCAUACCCGGCUGUGUGUUCUUUCUCUUCACCAGCACCUACUUCUCCUUCUAUGCCAAGGCAGUGGAGCUAAUGAGGAUGAAGCCCGCCCAAUCCUUGGUUGCCGAGUGCUACGAACCGUUCAUCUUUCGCUGUGCACCAAACGAGGCUAGCUAUCAAAUCUUUAUGGAGCAAGCUCCAUUUGAUGAAUCCUAUAAGAACAAGUUUCGUCGACGCAUUGUGGCCACCAUAAGCGUUAAGAAUCAUCAUGCUGUCUACAAUGCAGCCUGGAUAUAUCGCUUUGCCAUUGCCAAGCAAUAUCCAUAUCAGAAGAUCAUGGAGCCCAUGAUCAGUCUUGUCUCGAAGAACUGCGUCAAUGCCGGCUACGCCUCGCUGGAGUGCACAAUAUCCGAGUGGCAGGAGAGCGAGCGUGAUUUCUACGACGACCUUGGCUUCGUGACCCGCCAGAUCUAUCACAAACAAAUCAUCGGGAGCAGCGUGACGGUAAUGAAGACCCAAUUGACGUACAAUUUGAAGACAGAUGACGCGCUGCAAAAGCAAAACUAGUAGGCUAGAAAAAAGACUACACUCUCAAUAUAUAGAGAAUCUCGGGUAACAUAACUGUGAAACUUAAAGCAAUAUUUAUAUUUGUUUGUAAUUCGUUUUUGUAUUUGUAUUGUAUAAACAUUCCCCCAAUCACGCGAUGUCUCCAGUCCACACGAAUUUAAUAAUGUCACAUAAAAGGCAUCGCAUUUUGUAUUAAGUGAAAGAAGAAGGUAGCUUCGUUUUGUCCUGCUUUAUUAUAUAUCUUGUUUAUUCUUUGACAUAUUCUAUUUAAAUAAAUAAAAUAUAUAUUAAUAAAUAAAACUUGCAUAUGUUUAGCGCAUGCAUAUUGAA